AUGACGACCGAGGAGAAAGUCGAGAGUGCCGCACCUGUUCCUACGUAUGAAGAUCUCCGAGAGAAAAUCAUCUACCAGGUCGAGCACUACUUCGGCGACUUCAAUCUGCCCAAGGACAAAUUCCUCCUGAGCAAAACCCAGGAAAACGAAGGAUGGAUCGACUUGGAUGUGCUACUGACUUUCAACCGCCUGAGAAGUCUCACGACAGACAGAGAAAUGAUCUCAAAGGCUGUGCUCUCCAGCGACAGUGGUCUAAUUGAGGUUUCGGAGGACCGAACGAAGCUCCGCCGAAAUCCGGAGAGACCUCUCCCAGAAGCUUUCAAGCAGCAAUUCCUUGAUAAAACGGUCUACGUUAAAGGUUUCCCGAAAGACACUCCUCUCGAUGACUUGAUCGAGUUUUUCAAGCAAUUCGAGGCCGGCUGCGUCAAAAUGCGACGAUACUCCUACAAUCGAGAGUUCAAGGGUUCGGUUUUCGUGCUCCUGCCGAGCGUUGAGGCCGCCCAGAAGCUGCGAAAGGCAGAGGGACUCAAGUACAAGGACAACGAAUUGAUUCUAUUGAUGGCGAAAGAAUACUCGGACAAGAAAGAGGCGGAAAAAGGGGCUACGAAGAAGAGUGCUCGCAAAGCCAACGACAACGACGACAAGAAUGAUCUCAACGAUCUGGCCAAGUUCGAAGAAACCCUCGCGAAAAUGGAUAAGAAGCCAGGAGUAUUCAUGAUCUUGACCGACAUCAAGAAGGAAUAUGAAAUCGAUUUCAAGCAAAUCAAAGAAUUCUUCAACGCGACGGCAAACAAAGUUGCUUUCGUCGACAUCGACGCAGAGCAGGGUCGAGCAGUACUGAGAUUCUCUGAAGCGAACGGUGCCAAAAAUGCGGCCGCAGAAUUGGCCACAGAUGGCAAGAUCAUCAUCAAGGAGAAGGAACUCCCAAUUGAAGUUCUCGAAGGAGAGGCCGAAACUGAGCAAUACAAGAAGCAAGCCCAGAUAAAGAUGGCAAGAUUCGAAAAUGAAAGAGCUCAUCGUAAGCGUGCUGGACAGCAUCGCCACGAGGGAUACCGAGGAAAGGGUGGAAAGCGGCCUGCUCGCGGUGACAGGAGGAACGGCGGCGACGGUCCCGCGGAGAAGCGCACCAAAGUCGAGUGAUCGAGUACGCUUAGCUGUGCGGACCGAACGGAGCAAGGACGCAAGCAGCUCAGAGAAUAUCCGAUUUUCGAAAGGAUUCGAACUGCGAUAACGACGACAAUGGCGAAAAUCGAUGAGGAACCCAGAAGCCAGAAUUACUGUUCAGAAAAACUCCUGUGCACUACUGUUCAACUGUGUACAUAGACGAACAUAAGUGGAGAUAAUUUAUAGAUACACGAACAACUGUUCCCUGGUUGCUCCUGUCCUUCUAUUGUGCAUUAAGAGAUUAUGUGAGAGUUACAAUGCUAAGUAUCAUGUUGAUAAACACCUGGCGGUAGAAGCGGUAGAGACCACUUCUUCCGGGAAUCACGACUGAGCUCCGUCAUGCACGUCCUACGA